GUUUGUUUGCAAGAUCCAACGUAGCAAUGCACGAGCUACGGUGUCAUCAAAUCGUAUCGUCAGGCAUGAUCGUACUAUGAACGACAGACAUCUGUCUUGUUCUCACAGCUCAGCCGGGUGGGUAUGGUAUCUCGAGCAAGACCAUGCAUUCCUCCACAUUCGACGUGCUAUCGCAAAACAGACUCUAGCAUCGUCUUGCCUGAGCAAUAUCUGAACCAACGUCCAGUCCAGCCCAUCACCAGCACAGAAUAUUGUGGUCUUGUCCGUCAUCACAUUCGCUUCUCUCACCUCAUGAAUCACGACUCUCCACCUCCUCCACAUCCUCAAAUCCAGAAAUCCCGGGCCGACAGACCGCACACAGCCCCACGAACUCUUGAUCCCACACACAUGCCGAGAACAGCUCUCCCAAAAUCCCGAGAAUCUCUCCACUCCGAAAACUUCUCGUGCACAAACGUCUCCAAAUCCUUGGCAACUUGCAUGUGAAAGAACAGCGGAGAAUUUGAACGGAGCGGAAGCAAAACGGCGGAGGGGAAGAACAAGCGCCACAGCGGCCGAUGUGCUCGGGAACUGUGGAGGAAAGCACGAAGGUUCUCUCGAGACGAGGUGGAAGGCCUGGAGCCGCCACUGAGAGAGGCAAUCGGCGGCGACUGAC